UUUUGUUCUGUAGCAAUUGAUGCGAAAACAUUUUUCACUGGGCCUAAUUGGAAACCAAACUUGUUAUUGGUAAGGUCUUGUGUUUAGCGUCUUUGUUUAUUUAUAUUUUGUUGUAAUUAUUUUGACCGUUAUUGAGUUUUUUCCAUGCGCCCAAGCAUUUCUGGAUGUCUAUUAAGAUGUUUAAAAAAAACUGUGUUAAAAAGUGAUGCUAAUUUAGUUGAAUAAUGGUUCUUAGAGUUUCAAUGAGGCUGUAAAAACUGAAGCCAGAAAACAGAGCAUUCCUAGAGGAUCAUUCAUCGAGUUGAGUGGAUGGGAAAUCACCGGUGUUUUUUUUAGACUUUAUUUACAUUCUGGGCCUAUUGUUUGAAAACAUGGAUAUUAUUUAGAUGACAAUGAAAGAAAAACAUUUCUUCCACUGCAGAGGAAGUCUUUCAGAUAGUCAUCACAGGACAAUGCAACUUUAUUUUCAGUCAUCAAUAAAAAAAAUCGAAUGGAUCAGUUGUAGAAACACCUACCGGAUAAGUGCAAAGCCAGGGACAAAUCCAUAAAAGCUUCGGCUGCAAUUAAUGAGAAUAGACGCACCAAUGGGCGAAACGGCAAGGACACAGUGAAGGACUAUGCUGAGUCCGUUAUGGAGUUACCUAAACUGUUUGCCUUGCUGCUGAUGGUGCUGGAGUGGACCCGACCAGUUCUACUGUCUCCUCUGAGACCCAUCUGUGACCUGAGGGUCCUUGACCACUUCAUCAAGGAGGCACAAGACGCAGAGGUGGCCAUGCGGUCGUGUCGAGAAGGAUGUGGCCUUGCCAUGCCUGUCACCGUUCCCCAAUCGAGGGUAGACUUUGCUGCCUGGGAAACGAAAAAUACCGUGGAGCAGGCUCGGGAGGUGCAGGCGGGCCUGUGGCUGCUGAACCAGGCCAUGGGCUCACUACAGUCCUCGGUCAGCAACGCCGCACUGCGCGGCCACACAGCCAGCGCUCUGAGGAACAUGCUGAGCAUAGGGCAGGUGCUGCGCAGUCUCAGCAUCCAGGGGUUCACCGCUCUGGGCGCGCUACGCGCCGAGGAGACAUGGCGUGUGUCCACCGCCUCCGAGCUGCUCCAGGUCCACGUCAACUUCCUGCGAGGCAAAGUACGCCUCCUGCUGUCCAACGCACCUGCCUGCCACCAAGACGUCAGCUGAUUGGUCUUCCCCACCCAAAGGCUGUGCCUAAGCCAAUUGGAACUUCCCAUGGCAAAGGGGCCGGAUUAGACACUGACCCCUAAGACCCUGUUUGUUGCCUGUGGAGGUGUGGGGACUGGUGUCCUCACAAGAGAAACUGAAGCUGACAAGACAGGUUUGCUCCUGGAGGAACGAGGACAUGUAUAAUCUUGGCAUAUGGACAAGAGGGAAGCACAACCAGCAAUGUGGCCCACGAGAAUGCACUGGCCUUAGCUCUUUGGCACUUUCUAGCACUUUGUGUGUGUGUGUGUGUGUGUGUGUGUGUGUCAGAAUAAGAGAGAAUGAGAGCUCUCUUUGUGUCUGCGAGAAUGUGUGUCACAGUACGAGCGCAAAAGAAUUUAGUUGUAACUUUUUUUUUUUACCCUAACUCUUCAUUGCCUCGCAAAUGGCCUGAGAGUUUUUAUUGACAUGCAUAAAGGCUUAUGACAUGACCUGCCGUGAUCUGCUACUCAGUCUCAGUCAACCAUACACAACUGGGACUCUUCUAGUACUCUGUGCCGAUCAUUGCUCUACGUCUUCAAACAUGUUUUGUAACGCUUUUGUAAAUGACUAUUUAUAGAGAUUUAUAUUUCUACCUGUAAGCCCCAAUUAUUGAGUGUAGUGUUAGAGCAUGUGGACCCUCUUUGUACUAUACAUACUGACUGUAUACCACUACUGAACAAUGUUGUAAACUUUAUUUGUACUCAAUCAUAUCCCAUGGUGCUCCACCGUUGUCCAUCUUUUUAAGUAUUUGUAAUAUGUCUGUCUCUGUGUACAGGUAUUUAGUCAAUUGUCAUCCAGAAGAAGAAAUUGGACAGCCUGAACAGUAAGGCUCAUCUGGGGUGAACUAGAAAGAUAGGUCUCACUAGAGAACGUGAGAACUCAGAAGCUGUUUGGUGAUUAUCUCAGUGCUUGUGUAUGUGAUCGCGUGUCCAUGUAUGGUUCUGGCAAACCAAUGGUCAAAUGGAGGUUGACGCAGAUAGGGGGACUUUCCAGGAACAACACUGAUUGGUUGUUGUGAUGAAUUUCCUGCUUGUCUCGCUUCUUCGUUCACACCACAGCCAAUCAGCCACGUUCCUGGGAACGGUGGGGGUUGCUAACGUUACGGAUCCACGCAGGCCUUCUGUUUUGUUGUUUCCUAUUCAAGACUGUUUGCAUGUCUUUUUUGUGUAUUUUGUGUCCCAAUCUGCCAACAUGCCAUUUGGUAUUUAUUAAUUAUUUAAUUUAAGAUAUAUUUUAGGGCAUUUCUGCUUUGUUGGGACAGGCAGGAAAUAUAGGGAGAGAAAGAGUGUGGAUAUGCAGGAAAUAGCCAGGGUUGGAAUCGAACCCGGGCCUCUGCGGUGAGGCCUUAGCCUACGUGGUACACGCUCUUACCCAGAGUCCCCCCCCCCCCUCUCCCAUUUGGUAUUUAGAGACAAAAUAUUAUUCUUAGAUACAAAAGGA